AUGUCCUCAGCUACACAACUUAUCUCGUGCGUGCCGAUCUCUCUACUGUGCAGAGAGGUGUUUGGUCUGAUCUUUGAUCGUAGCACAAUAUCUGCUAUCACGCAAGCUCUCAUGCUCCUGCAUUACCUUGUCUUCAGCCCCGAACAGGGGCUCAACCUCCGCCAUAAGCUACACUACGCGCCUCAUCGGCAGUUCAACGGGGUCUCACAUAUGUUUGUCGUCACACUGGGCAGACUGAGCUUUGCGGACCCACCAGACGUGGAGAACCUAGGCGGCAACGAGAAGCGAAGGCUUGAGCAGCUUGCUGAGAUGGCGCACGAUUUGUUGGAGCUGGUUGUGGAUGGGCCCGAGGCGGAAAGCGUGUGGGCGAUGUAUCAAGCGUGGCCAGAGCGAAAAGGGGUGGUGGAUGAUGAGGAGAUGGAAGCAAGGUUGUUCGAUGUUGGGUGA